CGACGCCCUGUGCGUCGUCUGCGUAGUUUUCAUCAUCACCAAUAAGCAAUGAAAAGUUGAGAAUAAUUCUCAUUGUUUCACGUUGAAACCAGCUUGCAACGGUUCAUUUUUAUUUCUAUUUCGCUGAUUUUUCGUACUUUGCGAGGAUGAGACGAAAACAGCGAGAUAAGUUGCCUUGUUGAUUGUGCGCAGAGUGGUUUUCGACAAGUUAAAAAGGAUUAGGUUUGGGGGGUUGAUCAAUUCAGUACACAAUACUGCCCAAUUAGUAAGAAAGAAGAAUGGACGGGGCUAAUUUGGGAUAUUCUUAUCAACUACCGUCGGGUGGUUGGAAUUUCAAAAUUCGUAAUGCGCUAUCUCAGUGCAGUGACAUUUUUAGCGAAUUCAACAAAUACAUCGCUCCAGCUUAUCAUCACGACCGGUGUGAAAGAUCCGUAACUAUGCGCUUAUAUUCAAUGCACAAAAGGGAAUUUGUUAUGGUGAUUGUUGCAUUCUUUGCCUGCUUUGGAUUAGCAGUGUUUAUGGGAUUGGCAGGACCACCAAUAACAUUAACAACCGAGGAAAAAGCGCAUGUAAAUGCAAGUGAAACGGCGACUGGACCGUAUAUCAUGCAAACCCCACCUUUAUCGACGUACAGUCAGCAGUUGUGGGUCAUAGCUAAGUUAUCGACCGCUAAUACUGACGAUGAAAUAUAUGACAAAAGUUUUCAAAUUAGCGUAUUGAUAGAUGGCAUCACUGUAGAGCGCAAAAUUGAUCAUGUGCCAAUUCCGGAAGGUGGACAAAAUAGAACGAGACAUCUCAAAUGCGAGCGACAAGUAUGCGAGGAAAUUGUCAUCGUGCACUUGGGUUUUCUCGAGUACGGACGCUACAUAAUUACAGUUCGAUUUUACGGAUUAGAGAGCUUCCAUCAACGAUACACAAUUAAGGAUUUAAAUUUCUACUUCAAACGUUUCAACCCCGCUUUUACGCAAGUAGAGAUAUGGUUUAGACUGAUUUUUUUAUUUUGCACGUUCGCUGUAACGUGUUGGUUCGGGAAUUCGCUUAAAAAAUAUCCUGUUCAAGACUGGUCUAUAGAGCAGAAAUGGGUGUCUAUUUUAUUACCUUUAUUAAUGUUGUACAACAAUCCACUAUUUCCUACGACAUUUUUAAUGAACUCGUGGUUUCCUGGAAUGGUUGACGCUUUACUACAGACGUCUUUUCUGUGUGCCAUACUGAUGUUUUGGCUUUGCGUUUAUCAUGGACUGAGACAGAACGAAAGGCGCAUGCUGACGUUUUAUUUGCCAAAAUUGUUAGUUGUUGGAUCUUUAUGGGGAGCUGCACUGACGCUCGCAACAUGGUUGAGAUGUUCGGAACUCGAAGAUCCCACAUAUAACUAUGUCCUCGAUACGUCCAAUUAUUACGGUUUCAAAGUAUUUUUCUUCUCAGUUGGAGGAAUUUACAUAGUAUAUCUCUCGUUGUUAAUACUUCGAGCUUACAGCGAAUUACGUUCCAUGCCGUACUUCGAUAUGCGGCUCAGAGUGUUAACGCUAUUCGUGAGCAUCGUGGUAGGAGUGAUAGCAGUGGUAACUGUGCGCCAAUUUGGAGCAGGUGUCCUCGAAGAUAGUUUUGCGUCGCGUUUGUCGACGCAUUACAGAACGUCGGCCCAAUUCAUGGCUCUAUACGGUCUUUUGAAUUUUUAUCUGUACACAAUGGCGUAUGUCUAUUCGCCCGGAGUUCAGCAAGUCUACGGACAACAUUCUUCAAUAACAAAGGACAAUCCGUCCUUCUCAAUGAUAAACGACUCGGACGAGGAAGUAAUUUAUGGUUCAGACGAGGAAAGCCGACGACCAUUAACGCGGGCUCCUCGGAAUACGGAUGACAGCGAUUGAGGGGAGGAGAUUCGACGCUCCAUCAAGUUUGCGGCGAAAAGAUUGGAUGAAGCUCCACUUGCUCGCGGCCAAAAGAGACUGUUCAAGAUAAUGCCCGAUUUAUUAUGUAAAUUCGUUAUUUGAUACGGCAUAGAUAUGCUUUUUUACGUGUGAUCUUCGUGAUAAGAUUUAAAACAAAUCAAGUGUACAUAUAUUUAUUAUAAAUUUUAUU